AUGAAAUAUUGUUGUGAAGUAUUCGGAAUCGAUAGUGAUUCUGUAACGCCGAUGCUGUUUUAUGUGUAUGCACACUUUGCUAUGGCUGGUUUUGGGGUGUUCGCGUUGUUUUUGUGUGUGUGGCGUUUGUACGAUAGUUGGCUCUAUGGAUUGCUGGUGUUCGCGUGGAUGUGUACAAAUUUAGAGGAUUCCACACGCGUUUUCUUCAGUGUGAAUCUGCGUGAAAAUUUCUCACUGCCUUUAUUUUGGCUGCAAAAUUUAUUUAUUAUCAAUAUUUUGGACGAUUUUGGUAAUAAUAAUGAUGAUAAUAAUAAUGAUAACAUAAAUAAUAAUGGUAGUAAUAAUAAUGUAAAAUUGUUAUCGCCACGACGAUCAACUUAUCGAUACAUGAUCGUCGCAUUCGUGAUAGCAACCUUCCUGUUCGCCUUAUUUUGGCAGUUCAAUCAGUCAUCGUCACUGUUUGUGACUGCCGUAUUGAAGUGGAAAUCGUCGAAUCGAGCGAUCAGCCAAAUUCUGAUCGCGCAGAGUUUUGCGUUGUUUUGCGUGGCGAUCGCGCAGUUCGCGCAGCCCAUGGCACUCUUCUCGGUAUCGACGCAGUUCAACGCGGCCGUAUUGAUCACGUUCGCGCUGAGUCGUUUCUUUCAUCAGUUUAAGAGUGCCAUUGGUAUGGUGUUCGUGAAAACGUUGGUGGCAUUUCUAUUUUGUGUGCUGAUAAAUUUUUGUGUGAAUAAUGGCUUGAAUACAUCCAAUUCGGAUCGACAUAUUUGGACGUUUGUAAAGGCAAAGCUUGGCAUGCAUGAUAAGUGA